AUGGCAUCAUCUCAAGCUGUUGGUAUUGUACCUUUGUUUAUUAAUGUUCAAUCAGAACAAAACUCUCAAUCAAUUGGUGUUUCAGAUGUUUCAAAAAAGAAAGAACAGCUAUUCUUGAAAAUCUCACAAGUUACCAAAAUCAAUGGAAUUCAAAACCACCAAAGGGAUUUAAAGUUGAAAAUAUUUAUUUUGUGUAAAAUUCAUAAGGUAAUACAGGAAGACACUAAACAACUUUAUAAACUUGAAUUUUUGGAAGAUGGAAUCAAUAGCCUUCAAAAAAAAGGUUUAUACUCUGGUUGUAGGAGGGUAUUGGAAGAUGCCCUUAACAAUCCAUCAAAUAUUCCACCUAUCAUUAACGAUAAUCAAUUUCAACACAAACUCAAUAAUGAAAUGGAACAAGAAGAAAUACUCCCAUUUUUAAAAACUGUAAAACGUCUCAGAGGCCGUCAUCAUAAGAUACCAAUUGUUAAUAAACCUCCUUUAAAAUCACAUUCCAAACCAUCCAAAUCACCUCUCAAAUCACAAUCCAAAUCACCUCUCAAAUCACCAUCCAAAUCACCUUCCAAAUCACCUUCCAAAUCACCAUCAAUAGGAACAAUC